UAUAGCAAUGGCGGCCUCCAUGGCGAAAGCCGGACAGGUGCUUGCCACCGCAUCAAAUUGUAGUUUUCAAAGUGUUUUGUUUAAGAACGUCGUGUCGACAUCCAGGAUACUGACCUGCCAUCAACAAGUGCGGGGGAGGAAGCGUACUAGUAGACCACCUGGCUGGCAUGUCAAGAAGGAGACGCAUAUAUCAGACGAACAGCUGACGUGGCAGAACCGAGAAUUCCUCAAGGAAAUAGUCAAAAACAAGUUUAAAGACCUCCCAAGUCCUCUCAAGGAAGACCCUUGGCCAAGAGGAAAAUGGAAUCAAACCACACGAAGAACUGGUGUUUUAGGAUUGAAGCUUGGAACCAUGUUACAGUGGACGAAAAGUGGUGUACAAACCAAAAUAACACUUUACCAGAUUAUUGACAAUCAUGUGAUACGGUAUAUACCACCACACCAGUUCAAUGCGUCAGUAGGAAGUACUCCGUACUGGAAGAAUUUUGGGGCUGUGGUGGUGGGGGCACUCAGCGCCACUCCACAAGAAUUCAGAAAAGAAUACAACAACUUAUUUUUGGAGGCAGGCGUACCACCUAAGAGAAAACUCACACGGUUCUUGGUUACACCUAACGCCGCCAUUCAGCCAGGUACUCCUCUGUCUGUUAUGCACUAUCGCGUUGGAGAUUAUGUAGACGUACAAGCUAAAACCCGUGCCGAAUGUGAUGAUGGCGAGUCCAGUGAUCAAACAGUAAAACGUCCAUUUGUUGUUAAAUCACCUCUAGGAUUCACUGCCAAACCGUCAUACCAUGAUAUAGCCGUGCCGAAUGUGAUGAUGGCGCAUUUAUUGAUGAAAAAUAAAUGCCAAUAUUUUUACCUAAUUGUGUUUUCACAGAUAUUGAGGAUCAAUACCAAGUACAACCUGCUUUACCUGAAGGGCUACCUUCCCGGUGCCAUUCAUAGCUACACCAGAAUCUACGACACUACCCUGGGGACUAGGAGACGUGAGGCUGAGACACGGGAAGCUGGGAAGGGCCCGCCCAUGCCUACAUUCUACAGAGAGGAUACAUCAGAAGAGGUGGAAGAAGAGUAUUUUGAUGAUGAUGUUUUUCAAUUUACAGCUCCAUCAAUAAAGUUUGAGGACAAAAGCUAGAUUACAUAGUUCAGAGAUCCACCAUCAUGUGUAGCUAGGAUUUGUUAGGUUGUUAAGGAUUAUGUACUUUUGGAUGUGACCCCCAUGUGGUAAGUUUGUGUUAAGAAGCAUGACACCAGCUUGCUUUUAUCACUUCAAACAAUUUUUGCUGCUUCAAAUGAAAUAUUGGAAAGUGUCUGACUAAAACAUGACUCUCUUUACCUCUAUCUCAGAACAAUAUUCUUCUAGAUUUUGGUUUUGAAAUUAUCAAGAAAUAUGCUAAAUAUACCCCUAAUACACAUGUAUAUAUAUUGGUAAUUAUGGCUAUGGUGGAGAGGCAUUGUUUUUGCUGUAGUACCAGUUUUCAAUUGUCUGUGUACCUGUGAUACUGGGAGAACUCUUUAUAUGGGAUAGGGUUGGAUGCUGAAUCUGCUAUAAUCUUGUUUAUCAUACACGAAAUGUGCUACACAGUGUCAGUAGUCGUUAGUUAGGUCACACAUAGUUAUAGAAACAUGUCAUACUUAAUUGAGACCAGUGGGUUUGGAGUAGGUGGUGUAGGUUUGGAACAAGUGUAACGUUAGCAUGUACAGGACAAAAUUGUCUGAUUCCUUUAUCUAACUUCUGCUCGACAAACCAAAAACGUUCAGAAUAUAAUUCAAGAGAGGGUAUAUGUAUGUAGAAAUGCUGAAGUUUGUGUGAUCAGUUAUAAAAGCUAUUUCUGUAUGGAGAUUUGUGAGAAUGGGCAUUCGUGUUUGAGUUUUGUAUGAAUUUUUGAAUAAAAUAUCAAUGCAA